CUAAAUACUCUUAAGGAAGAUCUUAACUUCUUCGAUAGCUCGCUCUAUCGCCCCGCUAUAGCUAGAAAACCUAUCGUUUACUAUAUACUACUAGAUUAUAGAGGUACGAUAGAACUAGUAAUUCGCUUAGAAGGAUACGAUAUAGUACUCGGUAACGACUUCCUAUAUAAGUACGACCCUUACGUAGCGGACGGCCGUAUAUUUAGUAGGGAGGAGAAAGGGACGUUAAACUUACUAUUAAAGAGGGAGGUCUACCGGUCCUUAAAAGAUAAGAAUACCGAGUAUAUAGUCUUUUAUACUAUAAUAAGCGAGAAUUAUAAACUAACGACUAAUAACCCUCGCUUAACUAAGCUACUUAGGAAAUUCGCCGACGUCUUUCCCGAUAACUUACCGAAGGAGUUACCCCCCGAACUUCGCCGUUUCCUAGGCUUAGCUACCUAUUACCGAUAUUUCGUUAAGGACUUCGCGAAAAUAGCGGUAGCUUUAUAUAACUUAACUAAGGAAGCCGACGAGGAACUAUAUAAAUAA